AUGGCCUCCAUCACAGGAACUUCAUUUUCCGUCACCGCAUUCCAACCAUCACUGGUGUCCGGUGCUGGUUCCAGAUUCUCUAACGCAAAAUCAGUUUCCCUUUCGAUUAAAGGGAGAGCUUUUCCGUCACUUACAUUGCAGUCUAGGGUACACCGCUUUCAAGUUACAUGUGCAGCUAAACCAGAAACUGUAACUAAGGUAAGUGAGAUUGUCAAAAAACAAUUGGCAUUGGCUGAUGGGACCGAGGUUACCGGAGAGUCCAAAUUUUCUGCCCUUGGAGCCGAUUCUCUCGACACGGUUGAGAUUGUGAUGGGACUUGAGGAGGAGUUUGGUAUCAGUGUCGAAGAAGAAAGUGCCCAGGCCAUUACCACUGUUCAAGAAGCAGCAGAUAUGAUUGAGAAGCUUCUUGAAAGCAAGACUGCUUAA